UUCAGCCGAGUCUCCUCUGGUCGCUAUUGUGCCGUGGUCGCAACUGACGACGUCCCGCUUGCCAUUGUGUGUUGACUCUUACUGAGAUUGAUUGGUGGUGGACUUUUUUUUGGAUCGAGUGGACUUUGCGAUUCGGUGAAGCAGGAGCAAUGGUGUCGCCGCGUUGCGGAUUGCAGUUCAAACGAGCCACGAACGAGAACGGGCCGGGCUAAAAACGUUCUUACGCCAUACAAGAAAUCUAUUUUUUGUGGUGAACAAGGAGACAGUCAGUGGAGAAAAAAAACAAGAGGAAGCGAAGAGGAAGAAGCCUAGAGUUGAACUGUUCCAAAAAUCCGUUUUUCUGACAAGGAAAAAAGGAGCUGAGUUAUUUUCCAACUUUUUUCCGGGAGGACAGAAAAUCUUGGUUCCGAUUUUCCACGGUGAAAAAAGUGUGUGUGUGCGCGAAUCGUGUAUUAAGAAGUAAAAGAAGAAAACGUGUGUGUGUCUGAAGAACAGGAACGAACCCUGAUCAAUCGUCGAGAAAAUUGACUCGGAUAUCCAGCUAGUAUUCCAUAUAGAAUAAAAAAAAAGCCUUUGUAGAUAUGCAAUGCUUGUUUAUGAUAAAGAAAAUAGCAUAUUUCGCAAUGUGUAUAGAAAUUUUCUAAAAGCAUAAGAAGAGUGUCAUAGCGGAGAAAAAUAAGGAGAAAUCACACAAGAGUCUACUGUUGGAAAAUCGAUUUCGGAAACACACACCAGUGUUCGUCGAGAAAAAGUGCGUCGCUUUCGGUUGGAAGACGAAGUAGAAGAAGGAGAAGCAGAUAAGGAAGAAGCAAACGAAGAGAAGGAAAAUUGGUCCAAUUUUUUCCGAGUGUGUUCGUUCUUUUUCCGGAAAGUGAUAAAUUUGCAAAAGAGCGAAAAGUUGAAAAGUUCUGGAUACACUGCGUGUGUGUUGACCCGCCCCUAUUAGAAAACCUUCAUCCGAUAGAGAGAAGAAAAAUAAAACAAGAACAGACUUCGAGUCCAGUUUUUCCUUCAUUUGUCAACGGAGUAUUCAUCAGGAGUCCAACAACGAUACUUUUCCUCCAUAGUGGAUAGGAGGAGAUAGAUGCGUCAUUUUCAACAUGGCGCCGUGUAUAUUACUGUGAUCUGUGGAACGAGAUUCAUGAGCCCCAUACCAUCGUUGACGUUGACCACACGAUGAGUGGAAUCCGUCGCGGGGCAGAAUCUCGUAGCAAGUCCUUUUUGCUAUAAUUGUUAAUCGUAAUUGUGUAGAGUUACGAGCGUGUCUUUUUGUGUCGAUUUUAUUUUUGUCAUUCACUAAAAUUGAAUCGUUUUUCAAAAUUUUCCGUUUAGUUGGUGAAGAAACUAGUUUGAUCAUGGUUCGCAAGAAAGCAGAUCGACUGAAAACCGAUUGAUUUUUGAUUAUCCGGAAACCAUUCGCAGUGUGCAGCGUAUUUAUGUAAAUAAUCUACUAAUAACACUACAUCAAGCAAUUGUAAAGUGAGUGUGCGUGUGUGUGCAGCGUGACAGAAGAAAGCAAGAGGGAGUGGAGUGAAGAAGAAUAUCCGUUUGAGGACAGCAGCAGAAGAUAAGAGAAAACCCCGUCCUGCACGAGUUCGCGAGUGCAACCGAACCGCCCCCCGUUCGAUGUUCGAUCAUUCCGGCUUGGAUAUCAAACACGGGCGGUCAUGAAAAAAUUUGCUUUAGAACGGAUUGUGUUGAGCUUCAGCUGCGACAGUGUUGCCGCCGCGACAGAAUUCGCUGCGUCUGUGAACUUUGUUUGCGUCACAGGACGGCCCACCGUCCAAACUAGUUCCUGGGGCCCGAGUCAAUACCUGGCCGCACCUAGUGCGUGCCCACAUCGUGCCCCCAUAACACAUCAUUGUUAGCAGGCCUUGGAAAUCUGAGGCUCUCAUUGUUGGCCAUAUAGACAAUGACCGAAGACUCCGAUUCGAUAUCUGAGGAAGAACGUAGUUUGUUCCGUCCUUUCACCCGUGAAUCAUUAGCAGCCAUUGAGAGACGCAUCGCAGAUGCAGAAGCAAAACAGCGCGAACUGGAAAAGAAGCGAGCCGAGGGGGAGACUGGUUUUGGUCGGAAGAAAAAGAAAAAAGAAAUACGAUACGACGAUGAAGACGAGGAUGAAGGUCCCCAGCCGGAUUCCACACUUGAGCAGGGAGUGCCAAUCCCUGUUCGAAUGCAGGGCAGCUUCCCUCCGGAAUUGGCCUCCACGCCUCUCGAGGAUAUCGACACCUUUUACGCAAAUCAGAGGACAUUCGUAGUAGUUAGUAAAGGAAAAGAUAUUUUUCGUUUCUCCGCAACCAAUGCAUUAUAUGUACUCGAUCCGUUCAAUCCUAUACGUCGCGUAGCUAUUUGUAUUUUAGUACAUCCACUGUUUUCAUUUUUUAUAAUAACAACCAUUCUUACCAAUUGUAUAUUGAUGAUCAUGCCUAGCUCGCCGACAGUCGAAUCUACCGAGGUGAUAUUCACCGGCAUCUACACGUUCGAAUCAGGUGUAAAAGUGAUGGCGCGAGGUUUCAUAUUACAACCGUUUACUUAUCUUAGAGAUGCAUGGAAUUGGUUGGACUUCGUAGUAAUAGCAUUAGCAUAUGUAACUAUGGGUAUAGAUUUGGGUAAUCUCGCUGCAUUGAGAACAUUCAGGGUACUACGAGCUCUCAAAACAGUGGCCAUCGUUCCAGGUCUCAAGACCAUCGUCGGCGCUGUCAUAGAGUCCGUUAAGAAUCUCAGAGAUGUGAUAAUUUUAACAAUGUUUUCGUUAUCGGUGUUUGCUUUAAUGGGUCUGCAGAUCUACAUGGGCGUACUGACGCAAAAGUGCAUCAAGGAGUUCCCGAUGGACGGCUCGUGGGGCAACCUGACGGCUAUAAACUGGGAACGGCACAACAAUAACGACUCCAACUGGUUCUUCUCGGAAACUGGAGACACGCCUCUCUGUGGGAACUCGUCGGGUGCUGGGCAAUGCGAGGAAGGAUAUAUUUGUUUACAAGGUUAUGGAGAUAAUCCAAAUUACGGGUAUACAAGUUUUGAUACUUUCGGAUGGGCAUUCUUAUCUGCCUUUCGUCUAAUGACCCAAGAUUAUUGGGAGAAUCUAUAUCAACUGGUGUUACGAUCAGCUGGACCGUGGCACAUGCUCUUCUUCAUUGUGAUUAUCUUCUUGGGUUCGUUCUACCUUGUAAAUUUGAUCUUGGCCAUUGUCGCCAUGUCGUACGACGAACUCCAGAAGAAGGCCGAAGAGGAAGAGGCCGCCGAGGAAGAAGCGCUUCGGGAAGCCGAGGAGGCGGCUGCAGCGAAAGCGGCCAAACUCGAGGCCCAUGCAGCGGCAGCGGCGGCCGCAGCCAACCCGGAGAUCGCCAAGAGCCCAUCGGACUUUUCCUGCCACAGCUACGAGCUGUUCGUAGGCCAGGAGAAGGGCAACGACGACAACAACAAGGAGAAGAUGUCGAUCCGCAGCGAAGGAUUGGAGUCGGUGAGCGAAAUCACAAGAACAACCGCACCAACAGCUACUGCAGCUGGCACUGCAAAAGCCCGUAAAGUGAGCGCGGCUUCACUUUCAUUACCUGGUUCACCAUUUAAUCUUCGUAGAGGAUCUAGAGGAUCACAUCAGUUUACGAUACGUAACGGUAGAGGACGUUUCGUGGGCGUACCUGGUAGCGAUAGAAAACCAUUGGUACUCUCAACAUAUCUCGAUGCACAAGAACAUUUGCCAUACGCCGAUGACUCGAACGCGGUCACACCGAUGUCGGAGGAAAAUGGUGCAAUCAUCGUUCCAGUAUACUAUGCUAAUUUAGGUUCGCGACAUUCAUCCUACACAUCGCAUCAAUCUCGCAUCUCGUACACAUCCCACGGUGAUCUGCUCGGCGGCAUGACGAAGGAGAGCCGCCUGCGGAACCGAUCAGCGCGCAACACCAAUCACUCGAUCGUGCCGCCGGCGAACAUGGGGCCGAACAUGUCCUACGUGGACAGCAACCACAAGGGGCAACGAGACUUUGAUAUGUCACAAGACUGUACAGACGAAGCUGGCAAAAUAAAACACAACGACAAUCCUUUCAUCGAGCCCUCUCAAACACAAACCGUAGUAGAUAUGAAAGACGUGAUGGUGUUAAACGAUAUCAUCGAGCAAGCUGCUGGUCGGCAUAGUAGAGCUAGUGAUCAUGGAGUCUCUGUUUACUACUUCCCCACAGAGGACGACGACGAGGACGGUCCAACGUUCAAGGACAAGGCCGUGGAGUUCACGAUGCGGAUGAUCGAAGUCUUCUGCGUGUGGGACUGUUGCUGGGCUUGGCUCAAGUUCCAGGAGUGGGUCUCGUUCAUCGUGUUCGAUCCGUUCGUCGAACUGUUCAUCACCCUGUGUAUCGUGGUCAAUACGCUGUUCAUGGCGCUGGAUCACCACGAUAUGGACCCGGACAUGGAGAGGGCCCUCAAGAGUGGUAACUAUUUUUUCACGGCGACCUUCGCGAUCGAAGCGACGAUGAAGCUGAUAGCGAUGAGUCCCAAGUACUACUUCCAAGAGGGCUGGAACAUUUUCGAUUUCAUCAUCGUGGCGCUGUCACUGCUGGAACUGGGACUGGAAGGUGUUCAGGGAUUGUCAGUAUUACGUUCAUUCCGUUUGCUUCGAGUGUUCAAGCUAGCGAAAUCGUGGCCAACGUUGAACUUACUCAUUUCCAUCAUGGGUCGAACGAUGGGUGCGUUAGGUAAUCUGACCUUUGUGCUCUGCAUUAUCAUCUUCAUCUUUGCCGUGAUGGGAAUGCAGCUGUUCGGCAAGAACUACAUCGACAAUGUGGAUCGCUUCCCGGACAAGGACCUGCCACGGUGGAACUUCACCGACUUCAUGCACUCGUUUAUGAUUGUGUUCCGGGUACUGUGUGGAGAGUGGAUCGAAUCCAUGUGGGACUGUAUGCUGGUGGGCGACGUGUCCUGUAUUCCGUUCUUUUUGGCCACCGUAGUGAUAGGAAAUUUAGUAGUACUUAACCUUUUCUUAGCUUUGCUUUUGUCAAAUUUCGGUUCAUCCUCACUGUCGGCACCGACGGCCGACAACGAAACGAACAAGAUCGCGGAGGCGUUCAAUCGGAUAUCGCGCUUCUCCAACUGGAUCAAGCUGAACGUCGCCAACGUGCUCAAGUUCGUGAAAAGCAAGUUAACAAGCCAGAUUGCGUCCGUGCAGCCCGCAGGUGAGCAGCACAAUCAUCUCAGUUGGAUAUGGAACGAAGGCAAAGGGGUAUGUCCAUGUAUAUCUGCAGAGCAUGGUGAAAAUGAGCUGGAAUUAACUCCAGAUGACAUACUGGCCGACGGGCUGCUGAAAAAGGGCGUCAAGGAGCACAAUCAGCUGGAGGUGGCCAUCGGCGACGGGAUGGAGUUCACGAUACACGGCGACCUGAAGAACAAGGGCAAGAAGAACAAACAGCUGAUGAACAAUUCCAAGGUGAUAGGCAAUUCUAUUAGUAAUCAUCAAGAUAAUAAAUUAGAGCACGAACUGAAUCAUAGAGGCAUGUCCUUGCAGGACGAUGAUACUGCCAGUAUAAAGUCCUAUGGCAGUCACAAGAAUCGCCCCUACAAGGACGAAAGCCACAAAGGCAGCGCCGAAACGAUGGAGGGCGAGGAAAAACGUGAUGCCAGCAAGGAGGACCUAGGAAUUGAUGAAGAGUUAGACGACGAGUGCGACGGCGAAGAAGGUCCACUGGACGGCGAACUGAUAAUACACGCCGACGAGGACGAAGUGAUCGAGGACGCGCCGGCCGACUGCUGUCCGGACAAUUGCUACAAAAAGUUUCCGGUUCUGGCCGGUGACGACGAUGCGCCAUUCUGGCAGGGCUGGGGCAAUCUGCGGCUCAAGACGUUUCAACUCAUCGAGAACAAAUAUUUUGAGACGGCCGUCAUCACGAUGAUUCUGCUGAGUAGUUUAGCUCUGGCCCUCGAAGAUGUGCAUCUUCCGCAUCGACCAAUCCUACAGGACGUUCUGUACUACAUGGACAGGAUAUUCACGGUGAUAUUUUUUCUAGAGAUGUUAAUCAAGUGGUUAGCCCUAGGUUUUCGAGUGUACUUUACGAACGCCUGGUGUUGGCUGGAUUUCAUAAUUGUCAUGGUGUCCUUAAUCAACUUCGUUGCUUCACUCUGUGGAGCUGGUGGUAUUCAAGCAUUCAAAACCAUGCGAACUCUUAGAGCACUGAGACCGCUACGUGCCAUGUCCCGUAUGCAGGGUAUGAGGGUUGUCGUCAAUGCAUUGGUACAGGCUAUACCGUCCAUCUUCAACGUGUUAUUGGUUUGUUUGAUCUUUUGGUUGAUUUUCGCCAUUAUGGGUGUGCAGCUGUUUGCUGGCAAGUACUUUAAGUGCGUCGACAAGAACAAGACGACGCUGUCGCACGAGAUCAUUCCGGAUGUGAACGCGUGCAUAGCGGAGAACUACACGUGGGAAAACUCGCCGAUGAACUUCGACCACGUGGGGAAAGCGUACCUGUGUCUGUUCCAGGUGGCAACGUUCAAGGGCUGGAUCCAGAUCAUGAACGAUGCGAUCGACUCGCGGGAGGUGGGCAAACAGCCGAUUCGUGAGACCAACAUCUACAUGUACCUAUACUUUGUGUUCUUCAUCAUCUUCGGAUCGUUCUUCACCCUCAAUCUGUUCAUCGGUGUCAUCAUCGAUAACUUCAACGAGCAGAAGAAGAAAGCCGGUGGAUCGCUGGAGAUGUUCAUGACGGAGGAUCAGAAAAAGUACUACAACGCGAUGAAAAAGAUGGGCUCCAAGAAGCCGCUGAAAGCUAUUCCACGUCCUAGGUGGAGACCACAAGCAAUAGUAUUCGAAAUAGUUACCAAUAAGAAGUUCGACAUGAUCAUUAUGUUGUUCAUCGGGUUCAACAUGGUGACGAUGACGCUCGAUCACUACAAACAGGCGGACACGUUCAGUGCGGUGCUCGACUAUCUGAAUAUGAUCUUUAUCUGCAUCUUCAGUAGCGAGUGUCUGAUGAAGAUAUUCGCGCUGCGGUACCACUACUUCAUCGAACCGUGGAAUCUGUUCGAUUUCGUCGUCGUCAUCCUGUCCAUUUUAGGUCUCGUUCUUAGCGAUCUCAUUGAGAAGUACUUCGUCUCGCCCACACUGCUUCGAGUCGUCCGUGUGGCCAAGGUCGGUCGAGUCCUGCGUUUGGUCAAAGGUGCCAAGGGUAUCCGAACACUGCUGUUCGCCCUGGCCAUGUCCCUGCCGGCGCUGUUCAACAUCUGUCUGCUGCUGUUUUUAGUCAUGUUCAUCUUUGCCAUCUUCGGCAUGUCGUUCUUCAUGCACGUCAAGGACAAGAGCGGGCUGGACGAUGUCUACAACUUCAAGACGUUCGGCCAGAGUAUGAUCCUGCUGUUUCAGAUGUCUACGUCGGCCGGUUGGGAUAGCGUGUUGGACGGUAUCAUCAACGAGGACGACUGCCUACCGCCGGACAACGACAAGGGCUAUCCAGGAAACUGUGGCUCGGCGACGAUCGGCAUCACGUAUCUGCUAGCAUAUCUUGUUAUUAGUUUUUUGAUCGUUAUCAACAUGUACAUUGCUGUCAUUCUCGAAAAUUACUCGCAAGCCACGGAGGACGUGCAGGAGGGUCUAACGGAUGACGACUACGACAUGUACUACGAGAUCUGGCAGCAGUUCGAUCCGGACGGUACCCAGUACAUCCGGCACGAUCAGUUAUCGGACUUUUUGGACGUGCUGGAACCGCCGCUGCAGAUCCACAAGCCGAACAAGUACAAGAUCAUCUCGAUGGACAUACCGAUCUGUCGGGGCGAUAUGAUGUUCUGCGUAGACAUUCUGGAUGCGCUGACGAAGGAUUUCUUCGCCCGGAAAGGUAAUCCGAUCGAAGAAACAGCCGAACUGGGCGAAGUCCAGCAAAGGCCGGAUGAGGUGGGAUAUGAACCGGUAUCUUCGACGCUGUGGCGCCAGCGCGAAGAGUACUGUGCCCGGCUGAUACAGCACGCGUGGCGGAGGCACAAAGAGCGCAAAUUAGAAGGAGGUGGCGGCGGUGACGACACCGACGCCGAUGCCUGUGAUAAUGAUGACGGUGGUGGUGAUGAUGAUGGUAGUGCCGGUGGUGGAGCAACUAGUCCAGGAAUAGGUAGUGGUAGUAUCGUCGGUAGCGGCGGCGGUGGUGGAGGAGGAACAACGCCCGGCUCUGGCGGUGGAGGCGGAAGCGGUUCUCAGGCUAACUUAGGUAUAGUAGUGGAGCACAAUCUAUCACCCAAGGAAUCGCCAGAUGGCAAUAAUGAUCCUCAAGGCCGUCAAACGGCCGUCCUAGUAGAAAGUGAUGGAUUUGUAACUAAAAACGGUCACCGUGUCGUGAUACACUCACGAUCGCCGAGUAUAACUUCACGAUCGGCGGAUGUCUGAGCCAGGCCUCGCCCCCCUCUCUCUGAUUCAGAUUCAGAAGCACGACAGAAAUAAUAUUUAAGGGAAACAUAAGAGUACUCUAAAAAACAAAACCGACAAAACAUUUAAAAAACUAUUCAAUAAUGAAAGGGAAAGCCAACUGCCAUAUAAUAAAUUUAAUUAUUUAAAAAAUAACAAAACUUUAAUCGCAUAGGGACAAAAUCCAGUGAACAAAACAACACACGAACACUCUCAUUUGUAGACGAAAUCAGCAAAACGAGGAUCAAGUUCUGAACAUCAACAACAACAACAACAACAACAGCAAUCUCAUUGAAAAGCGCGAAAAGAAGAACAACAACAAACUCAACUGGAAGAACGAGAAUCACCGGAUCGAACAACAUCGAGUGAAUCCGGAGGGAAGAAGAAGAACACGAAGAAACGCGAUUUAUUCUCCACUUCAGUUGCCGGGAUCGUUAACCUUUCCGUUUUCCCUCUAUCUCUAUCACUCUAUCCCAAACUUAAAUCCACUUUAAGCACACACACACACACGAACAAACAAACCCCAAUGUGCUCGUUUCAGUCUCGUAUGGCCUCUCACCAACACUACUACCCACAUCUGUUGAGUCAAAUUUUAAGUUACCCGAACCGACGACGUGAACUAAAAAAAAAACUAUACGAAUUACACACACACACAAACACAAAAACACACACAAAUGGUGCUGGGACCUUACGAUCGGAGAAAACAAAAAAUAUAAACAUUAAUUAAGCAGUGUGAAACGGACAAUAUUACAAAUAAAAUGAAAACAAAUGGUAGUGAAAGUGAACGAACAAUAAACAAAGGACAAACAGAACAAAACCCAAAAGCAAAGCUGAGUGACAAACACGAAACUAGUGAACAAAGCAAACAAGUGAAAAGUGAUGAACUGUGUAGUGAAGGCAGAACAAAUGAAAAUAAAAACAUGUGUGUGAUAAAAAAUAGCGAAUAUUAAAACGAAACAAAAAACCAGAAGCAAACAUGGAAAAUCCAAUAUCAAUAGACUCUCUUUUCUACGAGUGUGAACAAUGUAAGCAAACGUGUAAAACGAAGAAGAAAACAUCAGAUUUCAACAAACCCGACGACGAGGAACAAUAUAUUGUACAUUUCAACCUUUCGGCCAUUCAGGUAUUCCCUUCGGUUACGAGACGCGUUAUACUUUCCAAACUUGGUUUUAUGGUUUCCUGACCAACAACAACAACAACAACAACAAAAACAACUAGUACUACUACUGCAACUAUAUAGCAAUCACCACCACCACCACCAAGAAUAAUAACAACAACAACAACGGAGAACGGAGGCUAGCAGGAGAAACCAUUACAGGAGUAAAGAAACCAAAGAACAUUUAACAUUCAUCAAAUUUCAUCUGUCCAACGAACGUGUUUUUUCGAACACGACCAAAAGAAGAAGGAAUGAAAAGCGGAGUAAAAAUAUGCGUUCAAAAAAUUCUCGAAUAAAAAAACAAUCAAAGACAGAGAAAAAAACGGUUGAGUUGUAACAAAAGCGAAUAGAGAGAACGAGCUGGGAAGCGAAACGUACACAUACAAACACACAUGUGAAUAAAGUGAGAUUACUAAAGAAGUAAAUAUAUUAUAUUGGCUAAAGCAAGAACAUACCGAGUCAUCAUGUGCAUUUUUAUUUUUUAUUUUUCUAUAAAGCAAAUAAAAAUGUAAAAAAAAAAAUCACAAAAAAAAUCAAACUUUCAAAAAACGGCAUCGCUGCGAUAAUGUUAAGGCUUUUUAUAUAACUAAUAAGAGAAAAAUAAAAAUCGCACAGGUUUUGUUCUACUAUUGUAAAAAAAAACAACAACAACAAAAGAGGAUUUAUAAAAACAAAAAAGCGAAAACAACAAAAAGCUAAAAGAAAAAUCAUUAUUAAUAUGUUUCUGCGUGCAAUAAAAAAGAGAAAGUAUUGUAAUUAUUAUAUAAUACAUUACUAAUUUGUAAAUCAAACGCGAGGGGUUGGGGCGAGCCUUUAAUUAAUAAUAAAAAAAAAACAACACUAGUCAAGCUUUUCAAAUAUUAUCAUUAAUGAAUAACAUAAUAAAUUAAAUUAAAAAUAGCAAACUAAUUGUAAGUAAGUUAAGUAACAAAUUUUUUGAACAUUAUCCCACGAAAUGAUGUUCGGUAAAUCAAAACAAAGAAAAAGAAACAAAAACAAGUAAGCAAAUAAACGCGAUCUAUUUUUUUUUUAAGCAAACACAGUAACACUGAAGCAAAACACAUAACUCUCUCACGUACACACAAAGACACACACACACAUACACUAGAAAGAUAAUCAUUUUUCUUUCCUAUCGUUACGAACAUUUCCAUCAAAUUUAAAGAGAAACUUUUCCGUGCGCGUUUUUAACCCCGGGAGUCGAACGAUUGCAACAUAGACACAUACACACACACACACACACAUUCAAAUUAGCGUCAUAUGCAACUAUUCGGCUGUGUUCGUGCCAUCGCGCCAUCGUCGUCGUUUUACCUCUUCGCUUCGGGCAUUGCCGCCAUCAAUGUUGUUGUUCCUUUUUCGCCUGCGCGCGCGUUCACUCACUCUCACACAGACACACACACACACACUCAUGCACACAUCAUCCACCACCAUCAGAGCGCGAGCAUGCCCGAAUAGUUGCCUCCGAUCAGAAACGGAAACGAUGCGCUCGCACGACUCCCCAUCCGAAUGCUUCUUUGUUAGUAAUGACAGCCAGAAAAAAAAUAAAACAAAAGCAAACCAAAAAAGAAAAGAGAAAAAUGCGAAACAAAAGCAACCAAAAAAGAAGACAACCUUACAUUUUUAGCUAUAUACAUAAAUUGUAAAAAACAAAACAAACAAAAAAAACAGAAAAGAAAAGAAGCUAAACAAUAAUUUAAAUUUAAAGCUAAUGGGCGUUUGUCAGUGGAGACACAAACGACCAACCAGAAGAGAAGCGCACGUAAUUACACGAUUCAAAGUAGCAAGAAGAAGAAGAGAGGAACGGGAGAGUAGCAUGAGAGUAUUUUUUUUACAAACAAAAAAGUUUAUCUAAUGAAGCCGGAGCAAAUGGCGGAAUAAUGACAAAAAACAAAACUAUUUUUAAUUGGUAUAUUUUUUAUCGAUUAUUGAGCAAACACACAGACACACAUACAUAUUUAGUGAGAAAACAAAAAACGGUCGUGUGACACACAGACACACACAACACACACACAUACUGUCAGACAGCAACUAGAAGAGGAAAUAAAUUCACAAAAAAUAUGAUGUAGAAAAAGAAGACGAAGAAAGCAAACGCAAAACCGCAAAUUGUAAAUUACUUUUCACCACUUAGUUAUAGCAUUCGAAAUGAAAGAGAGAGAGACAACAAACAAGCGAUGAACAAAAUGAGAUGAGAGUAGCAUUUGAGAAUACAUUGAAAUAGUAGGAAAACAAUGAGAGAGCGAGAGAAUGGCAAAUCGCACCUAAGGUUACAUUUUUGUCAUCCAAAAAAGAAAAAAAUAGUAGCCGAGCAAGUUCAGUUCAAUCUUGUAAAAUGUGCUUAAGCAGAAGAACCAUUGUAGAGGAGCACACGCGAACGUGACAUGGAAACUGGAAUAAUAACGGAAACAGAAACAGAACCAUACCAAAGAUUUAACUAUAAAGAGCGACUAGUUAGAUAACAAACAUAAAAAUACCAAGCCGGAUAGACCGAGAACGAAUAGAACGUGAGAUAGUGGAAACAAAAGAAAAGAGCGAUAGAAGGAAGCAUACAGACACACACACACCAACAGACAUACAUUUACACAUUUUUAUGCAUCGUCGAUAAGAAAUUGUUUCUUGCCGCACUCUCUUGAAAGCGAACGGAUCGAUCGGAAGGGAACAUAAAAAAAAAGAGAGACAAAUACCAACGCAAAGGUAGAGAACAAAACGGAAAUUUUGAGAACCUCGCUUGAAGCCAACGAAGCAAUCCCCACGCCAACAAUCUUCUCGUCGUUGUUGUCGUCGUCGUCGACGUCGUCGUCGUCGACGUCGUCGUCGCCACCAUGCCGCAUUAGGAACACACACACUCACACUCACACAAACUGAACCGCCGCGCAGCAGACGCCACUCAUUCGUCCGUCUUUUUUGCACAUACUUACACAUACAUACAUACGAGAAAGAAAAAAAAAAUAUUAUAACGCUAGUACUCACACCGACGCAUGCUUAUUAAUUAACGUAAAUGAGUGACGAGAUCCCCGCGCGGGCACUCACGCUCCCAAAAGAAGCAAACACACAAGUAAUGCGCGAAUAUACAUUUAUACUUAAAGAGGAAGAGUGUAAAAAUCUUAACCAAAACAAAUGUAAUGACAAACAAAUGCUUAUAAAGUAAAAACAAAAAAUAUUAAAGUUAAAGUAAACAAACAAACAAAAAAAAAAUGACGGGAGCGCCGAUCCCCUUUGUCCACAAAGAAACAACAAUUUCAGUGCCUUUUUUCAAGAGUGUAUGAAGGAAAACAAACAGUUUAAGAAAAAUUUAAGCAAAAAAAAAGAUUACAUAGGAUGCAGUAAAUUUAAUUUGCGAGUGUAUAAUUGUAACAAGUUAAAAGGGUAACGCGUUACGCAAAUCGAAACAGAUGUGUCGCGCGCAUAACACAAAACGAGCCACCCAAGAGAUCCCCGAAAACGAGCAAAAGUAGCCGUGAGUUCCGCGACGCGCCCACACACACACACACAAACACCCCCUCCACUCACGCGCUAGCUAGUUUCUCUUAGUUUUAGCUUUAGCUUAGUAGUGAGCCAAAAUCCAAAAACUUAUCGUCUCUAGAUGUUUUUCGCUCGACAAAAAAGAAAUUCCCUUAUUGUUGUUUGCUUCGCCAACGCCAACAACGUUUACCAUUUGCUUAUUACGGAGCACGGAACGCUAGAGGAAAAGCAAAAUCAAACCAAAACGAACCAUUAGAGCGGGCUAGAGAGCUAACUAACAAAUUAAUCGCAAUCAAUGAGAAGAUAUUUAAUAUAAUGCUUUAUAAUGAAACACAAAACAAAAACAGGAGAGUUAUAAUAAGCGGAACAAUGUUAGCAACACAGCGUUGAAACGUUGAACAAGCUAUUUAAAUCAAUCGAAAGGCUUCAAGCGGGGUUCGGAUGCGUUUUGCAGGAAGGAAGGAAAGAAGGAAGGAAGGAACGAAGGAAGGAAGGAAGUGCAACGCCGAGUGAUGCGAGUGUUCGCGGUGAGUGCCACCACAGUUUGGGCGAUUGGCGCUGGUUCGAGGAUUCCAUCAACGCGCGUUCCAACGUUCGCGAGAGUGAGAGCAGCGAACAAAUUCUCUCUCGUGAGAGAAGUGUUUGGCUCACUUGAGCUACUUUUUCCAUUCGGAAUAUUGGAAAGGAGCUAGAUUACAUUUUGUGCUUGUUUUGACUGGCUCAGGGCGAAAAGUUUUUGACUGUUUGAGAAAACACCGCACCGAGGCGCUUAACACAUAAGUGACACAGGAAGAAGAAGCGUUAGUUUGUUGACGAAAAUGAACUAUGAGCAUUUCGUAUGGCAAGUUUUGCUGUAAGAAAUGAUCCUUUUGUUUAUUCGCGAAUUUCACAAAAAAUACUCUUGCGUAAGAAAUCAAUUUGGAAAGGCAUUUGUGACCAGUACACACUUUCCGGUCGUAUGAAACAGGUGCAAAUCGGUCCAAAUUCGUCCGUUUCUUUUUUCUUCUAGGCAUUUGUUAUGGCAAAAUAGUGAACUCUAGAGUAACAUGUC